AAAAUUCAUACAUGAUGAUUUUGAUAUUGGAAAAAGCUACAUUAUGUUUUCAUUUUAUAUUUUUGAUAUUAAAAGAAGCUAUAUUAUUUUUUAUUUCGACGAACAUGAACUUGACUUCGAUAGUUACUCAUCGGAUUUGCGUUGUGCCUGUAAUGGCCGACUUCGCGAUUCGCUUAUCACUUCCCUAACUUCAUGAUUGUUGUGUACGGCAAUUGUUUGCGCUGAAGUUCGUCUCUAAUGGAUUUGUUAUUACCGUUGAUGCCGGUUGAAAGUGGUGAUUCUUUUUGAAAACAGAAUAACUACAAAUAAGUGGACUUUUUACAAGAAAGCUGACAUAUCAGGUCAGAUAAAAUGACUUUGUUCGGUGCUUUUAUAAAUUUAGAUUGUGUAUAUUUUUUAUCGUUCGACGUCAGGUUAGCUCUUCUAUAAAAAAAAUUGUGUGCAAAUUUAAUUUAAAUUUAGAUUAGAUUAAGAGACAUUUGAGUACAAUUAAUAGAUAAAAGAUUAGAUAGAUUGUUAUAAAAAGAGUUAAAAAAAAAAGAGAGAGAGAGAUGGGAUCAUUGAAUCUAAUUUGCCCGAUGUGCUGUGGUGAAACAUUUAACGAUCCACAGUCUUUGAAGUACCACUUGCUCAGCAUGACGGACAAUUUGUAUUGUCCUGGAUGUUCGCAGCGUUCAGAUUCGGUAAUGGCGUUGAUACAACACUUGGAUAGAUGUGGCCAAGAUUCAGAACAGGAGAUACAUCAAGUUAAUAAAGAAAAUAUGGAGCAAGAAACUUCGAAAGAAACUGUCACAGCUUCCGAAGUUCUAAUGGAUACAAAUAUCGAGCAAAUUAAUCAAACCUUUUUAGCAACUGUAAAUAAUAGUGGUAUUAUGAUAGUAGGAGGAUCUGAAACUAUUCAAGUUGAUGAAAAUGGAGACAUUAAAGUAAUAGAAAAGAUGGAUACAGACAAAUCACAAGUAGAUCAUAAUUCACUGGACUUCAAUAUGACAGAAAAAUUAAACAGUAUUAUUAAUGAAACAGUAGAAGAAUCUUCAACCUCAAAUUCAUUAGUGACUCCAUCGACAUCUGGCAUAGAAGAUAAAUCGGCAGAUAAAAAUAUAAUUACCAUUUUAUCCAGUAGUUCUGAACUUUUGGUUGGAGAUACUAGUACUUUGAUAAAUUUGGACCAUAUAAAUGAUGUUGGUGAAAUUAAUGAUCCUGCAUUACUUCGUGUUAAGCAGGAAAUCUGUGAGCUAGAACCAGAAGCAGUUUAUAGUUGUACAAGUUGUGACAUGAGCUUCAAUUCUGUUUUGGAACAUAUAAAACAAUAUCAUGAUGGUCAAGAAGUGUUGCUUGAAAUGGCAGAACCAUUAGAUGAGUUACCAUCCGUACCCACGACUUCUACUACUACUACUACUACUACUGUCCCAAAUGAAUCUGAGAAUGCUAUUAAUCCACAACCUGAAACUAUGAAUACCCUUUGUAGCGAAGAAUGUGUAGAUAGCGAAGGAAGAUUAUAUACUAGAAAAGUUGUACAAAUAGAAAAAUUUUGGGACAAAACUUCAAUCGCACCACCGACUCAAUCCACGAAGGCACCGAUGAUCGAGAAAUUUUUUUCUAAUGUAGAAGGUGUGAAGGUGAGUGAGAAAACAACAGCUCCCACUGCCCCAUCGAAAAUGUACAAAUGUAAUCAGUGUUCGCAGCAAUUUACAAAAUUAGCAUGUUUUGAAGAACAUAUAUGUCCUAAUGGUAAUAAUCAUUGUGACAUUUGUGAUCAAGCAUUUGCUACACCAAACGCAUUACAAAUUCAUUCAAGGAUACACGAAGGUGACACUGAUUCUAAUCAACAAGUGUUCCUAUGCACUACAUGUGGUACAGAGUUUUGUUCGCACAAAAGCUUACGAUUGCAUUCUCGAAUGCAUGCGCCAGUGAGAGCACGACACGUUGAUGCACCAGAAGGAACUCUUGACGCAACGUUUACUUGUCCCGAGUGUGGUAAAACCUUAUCAGAAUCAUAUAAAGAAGCACACAUGUCGCUGCAUACAGGUGAUUCCGUAACUUGUACAAUUUGUAAUAGAAAAUUUGAUUCUGCCGAUAGUUUGGCGAUGCACGCUGCAGUGCAUAACGAGUUGAGUCAGUCACAAUCUCCGACUCCUCCCGUCGUAAAUGAAGUAAAUGAAUCUGUCGAAACUCAGAAACCUUAUCAAUGCCAACACUGCGGUCGACGAUUUACUAGACCACACGAGAAAGUAAAACACGAACGUAUUCAUACCGGAGAGAAGCCUCAUGUUUGCGAAGUUUGUGGUAAAACCUUCCGUGUUUCGUACUGCUUGACAUUACAUAUGAGGACGCAUACAGGAGUAAGACCAUAUGGAUGUCAACAUUGUGGCAAAAGAUUUAAAGCUUCUUCGGUAUAUAAUCAUCAUUUACUUACGCAUGGAGAAGAGCGUGCUUAUACUUGUCCUUACUGUCCCAAAACCUUUAAAACCAGAGUCCAAUUGGCUGGUCAUAAGAACAGUCAUACGAAGCCAUUCCGUUGUACUGAAUGUUCCAGACCUUUCGCAUCCUUAUAUGCAGCAAGAGCACACAUUCAAACACAUAAAAAAGAUAAUAAUUUAAAAUUUAGUUGCUAUGUCUGUGGUGCAUCUUAUGGCAGAGCAUUUGCUUUAAAAGAUCACUUGAAACAGCAUGGUCAAGACACAUCGAUUCCACCGGAACCUGCCCGAGAAGAAGAAGUACGCGAAGGCGAUAACUUCUUGUUUCCAGAAGAGGAUAUGGAAGAUGAUAAAUUAAUUAUACCACCUUCUGUAACUGUCGCACAAUCUUCUGGGGCAGAAGAUACUGAUUAAAAUCGUGAUAAUCUAGUCGUUUUAAUUCGUAGUUCGCUGUUUUCUGUGUGUUUAUUCGUUAGGAAACGAAAAGAUUGGAUUCCGUCUAACUAUAUGGUAUUUAAAUGCUAUUAGCGUCAAUUUCUCUUAAAAAUUUUUGUAAAAUUCAUAAUUCUUACAAAAAUGUUAUAAUGUAAUAUAAUUUAUAACUCCGAUUUGUGAUAAUAAUGUAAUUUUAUGGUAUAAGCAUAGGUUUGUUAAUGCCAUUGCAUCGAACUUUUACUUCAGUUUGAAAGCAAAUAACAAAAGAAAAUUAUUUUCGAAAGUUAUUGUUUUUAGUUUACAUCAAUUAAAGGCCUCGAGAAAUGUAUGUUUUACUAAGUUAAAUUCAUAAAUUUGUAUAUCCUGAUCGAGUUAAAUGGAAAUUUUAAAUUAAGUGAAUGGAUAUCAUAUUAAUAUUAUUUAGAUGAUUUAUUUAUCUAUAUUGAAAGUAAUGAAAGUAAAAAGAAUAUAAUCAGACCGCUUCUGAUUUUAUACACAGAAUCCAAUGUUGUCAUUCUGUUUUUCUUAGACAAUGUUAUUUUUGUUGAAAGAUCUUUUCAGUCUUCCUCAUCGUUUGUUUCUCUGAAUGAGAGAAAAAUAUGUAUAUUUAGACAAUAAUAUACUUCACUUUUCUAUCUUCGUUGUAGAUAAAAAUAUAUCGAGUAAUAGUUACUGUAUUUGCAUUAUAUAUUUUCAAACUUUGAAAUUCUUUGUUAUGGCUUUGCAAUAGAUCAAAGAUACACAUAACUAAAGAAUAGUUUACAUAUAACUAAAGAAAGAGAAGCAUCUAAUUUUAGAUUUGAAGCGGAACUGAUGAACACAUAAAUUUGAUAGUUAUUUUAUAAAAUACAAUAAUCCUAUGUACAGUACUGGUAAUAGACAUAUCUUUAAUAGUUACAAAAUACUGUUAGCUAUAUUGAUCGCUAAAGAGAUUAUUUAUUUUGAAAGCAAGUUUAAGAAAUAGUGCAUUGCAUAAGAUAUGGAAGAAUAAUCCUAAUCAUUAAUCGAGUAUAUGAAUGUUUAUUAUUCUAAUUGUUAAAUGUUCGACUUGCUAUUAUCUCCAGAGAUAUUAAAUGAAAAAUAAUAUGAAAAUAAUAAACUAUUUGUUUUUACGAUAGUACACUUCCUUCAGUGGAAAUCAUAAAAUUGUAGUUUUUUAAUUUUCAUAUUUGAUAGUUUUGAAAUAGAAGCAAUGCUGACUCAGAUAAAUCUGAGAUUGACUGAUUAAGUUAUAAUCUAAAUGAGUACAAAUCAAAUUUUGCUAAUUAUUUUACGACAAGAAUGUUUAUUUAAUAUGUUGUAAAGAAUGAAAAUGAAUUACUAAAUGUGUGUGAAAAAAAAAAGAAAUUAAAUGUUGUAAGUGACUGUGUUAAAAUUGAUGUUUAUAUAGAUGUUUAUAUAUUCAUGUGUAAUAUGUAAUAAACAUUGCUUAUGAAAUCCGCACUCUAAUAAAACGUAUUACAACAA